ACGCGCUGGUGGCUCCGUUACUCCAUUCAUUCCUCUAGACUAGAGGAUAGCGAGAACGUGACCAUGGCAGCAGCCACGCAGCAGAUGUCGAGUCUGCCCAGCGGACUCCGGAUCUGUACAACCGUACCGGACAUCCUCUACCUGCCCGAGCUGGUGUUUGGAGGGCUGGUAUUGAUCCUGGUGGCAUCCACAAGUGUGGCAAUGACCUCACUUUUGUUAUUGGUCCCAAUAAUAACAGUGCCAAACCCUCUAGGAUGGGUGAUGUUUGUAUCAGUCUUCUGCUUUGUGAUGACCUUCCUCUGGCUCAUCAUCUUCGCCUCCGGAGGACACAAAAACAGCAGCAGCUGGGCUGCAGCGGACUUCUUGUAUCACCUGAUUGCUGUUGUAUUCUAUCUGAGCGCCUCAGUGAUCCUGGCCAAUGAGACUAUUGCCAUGAAAGCGUUUUCGGACAUAGCAUAUCCCUUUAAGUACUAUCAAUUGGACAUUAAGUACUAUCAAAUGGACAUUGCAGCUGUGGUGUUCUCGUUUAUUGCCACAUUGCUGUACUUCAUCCAUUGCAUCUUUUCUGCUAUGCGAUGGAAAUCCUUCUAAUCAAAGAAUUUGAGCAAAAGAAAAAUACAUUUGACAUAAAUUGUUUAAAUGUUAAAAUAAACAUUGAAAAACCACUGGGGCUGAAAAACAAAUUUCAGGGGUCAGUCCUGUG